ACACCAACACCCACCUCUACACCGACACCCACCUCUACACCAACACCCACCAUUUCUACACCAACACCCACCUCUACACUGACACCCACCAUUUCUACACCAACACCCACCUCUACACCAACACCCACCUCUACACUGACACCCACCAUUUCUACACCAACACCCACCUCUACACCGACACCCUCCUCUACACAGGCACCCACCAUUUCUACACCAACACCCACCUCUACACCAACACCCACCAUUUCUACACCAACACCCACCUCUACACCGACACCCACCAUUUCUACACCAACACCCACCUCUACACUGACACCCACCAUUUCUACACCAACACCCACCUCUACACCAACACCCACCUCUACACCGACACCCACCUCUACACAGGCACCCACCAUUUCUACACCAACACCCACCUCUACACCAACACCCACCUCUACACUGACACCCACCUCUACACCAACACCCACCAUUUCUACACCAACACCCACCUCUACACCAACACCCACCUCUACACCGACACCCACCUCUACACAGGCACCCACCAUUUCUACACCAACACCCACCUCUACACCAACACCCACCAUUUCUACACCAACACCCACCUCUACACUGACACCCACCAUUUCUACACCAACACCCACCUCUACACCGACACCCACCUCUACACAGACACCCACCAUUUCUACACCAACACCCACCUCUACACCAACACCCACCUCUACACCGACACCCACCUCUACACAGACACCCACCAUUUCUACACCAACACCCACCUCUACACCAAUACCCACCAUUUCUACACCAACACCCACCUCUACACCAACACCCACCUCUACACUGACACCCACCAUUUCUACACCAACACCCACCUCUACACCGACACCCACCUCUACACAGGCACCCACCAUUUCUACACCAACACCCACCUCUACACCAACACCCACCAUUUCUACACCAACACCCACCUCUACACUGACACCCACCAUUUCUACACCAACACCCACCUCUACACCAACACCCACCUCUACACCGACACCCACCUCUACACAGGCACCCACCAUUUCUACACCAACACCCACCUCUACACCAACACCCACCUCUACACUGACACCCACCAUUUCUACACCAACACCCACCUCUACACCGACACCCACCAUUUCUACACCAACACCCACCUCUACACUGACACCCACCAUUUCUACACCAACACCCACCUCUACACCAACACCAACCUCUACACUGACACCCACCUCUACACCAACACCCACCAUUUCUACACCAACACCCACCUCUACACAGACACCCACCAUUUCUACACCAACACCCACGUCUACACAAACACCCACCAUUUCUACACCGACACCCACCUCUACACUGACACCCACCUCUACACUGACACCCACCAUUUCUACACCAACACCCACCUCUACACCAACACCCACCUCUACACCAACACCCACCUCUACACAGACACCCACCAUUUCUACACCAACACCCACCUCUACACCAACACCCACCAUUUCUACACCAACACCCACCUCUACACCAACACCCACCAUUUCUACACUGACACCCACCUCUACACUGACACCCACCUCUACACUGACACCCACCAUUUCUACACUGACACCCACCUCUACACCGACACCCACCUCUACACCGACACCCACCUCUACACCGACACCCACCAUUUCUACACCGACACCCACCACCUCUACACCAACACCCACCUCUACACUGACACCCACCUCUACACCGACACCCACCAUUUCUACACCAACACCCACCUCUACACUGACACCCACCUCUACACUGACACCCACCAUUUCUACACUGACACCCACCUCUACACCGACACCCACCAUUUCUACACCGACACCCACCACCUCUAUGUUGACACCCACCUCUACACUGACACCCACCUCUACACCGACACCCACCAGUUCUACACCGACACCGACCUCUACACUGACACCCACAUCUACACUGACACCCACCAUUUCUACACUGACUCCCACCUCUACACCGACACCCACCUCUACACCGACACCCACCAUUUCUACACCAACACCCACCACCUCUACACCAACGCCCACCUCUACACUGACACCCACCUCUACACUGACACCCACCAUUUCUACACCGACACCCACCUCUACACCGACCUCCACAUCUACACCCACCACCACCCGAACGACCACCACCACCACGACCUCCACCAGCACCGUUCCUGCAGUGGUCUGCCAGAAUGGAGGCACCUACGACUCCAUCAAGUGCGUCUGCCUCCCCGACUUCUACGGCCCCUUGUGCGAGUUCUCCAGCGACUCCAUCACCACCGACCUCCCCAUCGAGGGGACAAUCGUGGCCAACGUGGAGCUGGUGGUGAUCGUCACCAACUUCGACUACACGGAGGAGCUGCAGGACCCCCGCUCGGAAGCCUAUGAGAGCUUCGCGAGGCAUUUCCGGCAGGAGAUGGCCAAGAUCUACGGCUCCGUGCCCGGCUAUGAGGGCGUGAAGAUCCUCCGCAUUGUGCCGGCGGCCUCCAGCAGGCGGGGAGCCCGGGUGCGCAGGGCCGGGGGAGACUCCGCGUCCUCCCCCGUGGGCACCGGCCUCAACGUGGACCACGAGGUCAUCUUCAGAACCACCGCCAGCCCCAACCUGACCGAGGAGUUCCAGAACAAGACACAGGAGCUGGUGCAGAAGCUUCGGGAAACUGCCGAGAGCCAGAGCGACUGCGAGAAUGACUCCUCCAUCAUCUGCUUCAAGGUGCCACCCAGUCCCAUCAUCAAGAACAUGACGGAGUCCACUUCAUUAGACGCACUGUGCCAGCAGCGGGCGCCCGUCGGCUACCAGGACUACUACUAUGCGCUGAACACGAGCAACACCAUCCGCUGCAUCACCAACUGCACGGCCAACACGCCCGGCACCAUGGACUGCCACCAUGGCGAGUGCCGCGUCACCCGCGCCGGGCCACAGUGCUUCUGCCGGGAUGAAUCGCUCUACUGGUACACGGGCACCCAGUGCUCCGGGCGUGUCAGCAAGGUGGCCACCGGGCUGGGGGUGGUGGUCACGGUGCUGCUCGUUGCCUGCAUCGCCCUUGCUGUGCUGCUGGUGAUACGGAGGAAGGGCAGGAAGAGCCCCCUGGUGCUGCCCCCCAGCAACACUUUGUCCACCGCUGAGGAGAGCUGGUACGAGAACGAAGGUGGCACCUGGACAGCAUCUGAUGGCUUCGUCCUCAACAACAGCAACGCCUCCGACCCAGGUGGCAGCCUACGGAGCUUCACAGCCUCACUGGAACGGGUCAACACUGACAUCCCGUCCAGCAGUCCCAGCACCAUCUCCAGCAGUCCCAGUACCAUCUUGACCACACACAGCACCACCUCCAGCACCAUCUCGACCACCCCCAGCACCACCUCCAGCAGUCCCAGCACCAUCUCCAGCAGUUCCAGCAGCAUCUCCAGCAGUGCCAGUACCACCUCAACUACCCCCAGCACCACCUCCAGCAGUCCCAGCACCACCUCCAGCACUACCGCCAGCAGUCCCAGCAGGACCUCCAGCAGUCCCAGCACCAUCUUGACCACCCCUGCCACGACCUCCAGCACCAUCUCGAGCACCCCCAGCACCACCUCCAGCAGUCCCAGCACCAUCUCCAGCAGUCCCAGGACCGUCUCCAACAGUCCCAGUACCACCUCAACCACACACACCACCACCUCUAGCAGUCCCAGCACCAUCUUGACCACCCCUGCCACGACCUCCAGCACCAUCUCGACCACCCCCAGCAGCACCUCCAGCAUUGCCAGCACCAUCUCGACCUCCCCCAGCACCACCUCCAGCAGUCCCAGUACCACCUCCAGCACUACCGCCAGCAGUCCCAGCAGCACCUCCAGCAGUCCCAGCACCACCUCGACCACACACAGCACCACAUCCACCAAUCCCAGCACCAUCUCCAGCAGUCCCAGUACCAUCUUGACCAGCCCUGGCACCACCUCCAUCACCAUGUUGACCACCUCCAGCACCACUUCCAGCAGUCCCAGCACCACCUCCAGCAGUCCCAGCACCAUCUCCAGCAGUCCCAGGACCGUCUCCAACAGUCCCAGUACCACCUCAACCACACACACCACCACCUCUAGCAGUCCCAGCACCAUCUUGACCACCCCUGCCACGACCUCCAGCACCAUCUCGACCACCCCCAGCAGCACCUCCAGCAUUGCCAGCACCAUCUCGACCUCCCCCAGCACCACCUCCAGCAGUCCCAGUACCACCUCCAGCACUACCGCCAGCAGUCCCAGCAGCACCUCCAGCAGUCCCAGCACCACCUCGACCACACACAGCACCACAUCCACCAAUCCCAGCACCAUCUCCAGCAGUCCCAUCCCAGUACCACCUCAACCACACACACCACCACCUCUAAGUCCCAGCACCAUCUUGACCACCCCUGCCACGACCUCCAGCACCAUCUCGACCACCCCCAGCAGCACCUCCAGCAUUGCCAGCACCAUCUCGACCUCCCCCAGCACCACCUCCAGCAGUCCCAGUACCACCUCCAGCACUACCGCCAGCAGUCCCAGCAGCACCUCCAGCAGUCCCAGCACCACCUCGACCACACACAGCACCACAUCCACCAAUCCCAGCACCAUCUCCAGCAGUCCCAGUACCAUCUUGACCAGCCCUGGCACCACCUCCAUCACCAUGUUGACCACCUCCAGCACCACUUCCAGCAGUCCCAGCACCAUCUCCAGCAGUCCCAGCACCAUCUCGAUCAUCCCCAGCACCACCUCCAGCAGUCCCAGCAGCACCUCCAGCAGUCCCAGCACCACGUCGACCACACACAGCUCCACCUCAGGCAGUCCCAGCACCAUCUCCAGCAGCACCUCAACCACCUCCAGCACCAUCUCCAGCAGUCCCAGCACCAUCUCCAGCAGUCCCAGCACCAUCUCGACCACCCCCAGCACCACCUCCAGCAGUCCCAGCACCACCUCGACCACCCCCAGCACCACCUCCAGCAGUCCCAGCACCAUCUCCAGUAGACCCAGCACCACCUCGACAACCCCGAGUACCAUCUCCAGCACCAUCUCAACCACCCCCACCAGCAUCUCCAGCAGUCCCAGCACCAUCUCCAGCACACCAUCUCGAACACCUCCAGCACCACCUCCAGCAGCAUCUCGACCACCCCCAGCACAACCUCCACACCAUCUCGAACACCUCCAGCACCACCUCCAGCAGCAUCUCGACCACCCCCAGCACAACCUCCACACCACGUCCAGCAGUCUCAGCACCAUCUCCAGCAGUCCCAGCACCGUCUCCAGCAGUCCCAGCACCAUCUCGACCAACCCCAGCACCACCUCCAGCAGUCCCACCACCAUCUCCAGCAGUCCCAGCACCAUCUCCAGCACCAUCUCGACCACCCCCGGCAGCACCUCCAGCAGUCCCAGCACCACCUCCAGCAGUCCCAGCACAACCUCGACCACACACAGCAGCAUCUCCAGCAGUCCCAGCACCAUCUUGACCACCCCUGCCACCACCUCCAGCACCAUCUCGAGCAACCCCAGCACCACCUCCAGCAGUCCCAGCACCAUCUCCAGCACUCCCAGCACUAUCUCCAGCACCAUCUCGACCACCCCCGGCAGCACCUCCAGCAGUCCCAGCACCACCUCCAGCAGUCCCAGCACAACCUCGACCACACACAGCAGCAUCUCCAGCAGUCCCAGCACCAUCUUGACCACCCCUGCCACCACCUCCAGCACCAUCUCGAGCAACCCCAGCACCACCUCCAGCAGUCCCAGCACCAUCUCCAGCACUCCCAGCACUAUCUCGAUCACCUCCAGCACCACCUCCAGCAGUCCCAGCACCAUCUCCAGCACUCCCAGCACUAUCUCGAUCAUCCCCAGCACCACCUCCACCUCCAGUAGUCCCAGCAGCACCUCCAGCAGUCCCAGUACCAUCUCGAACACCCCCAGCACCAUCUCCAGCAGUCCCAGCACCAUCUCCAGCAGUCCCAGCACCACCUCCAGCAGUCCCAGCAGCACCUCCAGCAUUGCCAGCACCAUCUCGACCUCCCCCAGCACCACAUCCAGCAGUCCCAGCACCACCUCCAGCAGUCCCAGCACAACCUCGACCACACACAGCACCAUCUCCAGCAGUCCCAGCACCAUCUCCAGCACUCCCAGCACUAUCUCGAUCAUCCCCAAGACCACCAGUACCACCUCAGUGCCCACCAGUACAGCUCCGGUGCCCACCAACACUGCCUCAGAGACCACCAGUACUGCCUCAGUGCCCACCAGUACAGCUCCAGUGCCCACCAGCACCGCCUCAGAGACCACCAGUACCACCUUUGAGACUACCAGUACCACCUCAGUGCCCACCAGUACAGCUCCAGUGCCCACCAGCACCGCCUCAGUGACCACCAACACCGCCUCAGAGACCACCAGUACCAUCUCAGUGCCCACCAGUACAGCUCCAGUGCCCACCAGCACCGCCUCAGUGACCACCAACACCACCUCAGAGACCACCAGUACCACCUCAGUGCCCACCAGUACAGCUCCAGUGCCCACCAGCACCGCCUCAGAGACCACCAACACCGCCUCAGAGACCACCAGUACCACCUCAGUGCCCACCAAUCACCAGUACCACCUCAGUGCCCACCAGUACAGCUCCAGCGCCCACCAACACUGCCUCAGAGACCACCAGUACCGCCUCAGUGCCCACCAGUACAGCUCCAGUGCCCACCAGCACCGCCUCAGUGCCCACCAACACUGCCUCAGAGACCACCAGUACCACCUCAGUGCCCACCAGUACAGCUCCAGUGCCCACCAGCUCCGCCUCAGUGACUACCAGCAACACCUCAGAGACCACCAGUACAGCUCCAGUGCCCACCAGUACAGCUCCAGUGCCCACCAGUACAGCUCUAGUGCCCACCAGUACCGCUUCAGUGACCACCAACACCUCCUCAGAGACCACCAGUACAGCCCCAGUGACCACCAGUACAGCCCCAGUGACCACCAGCACUGUCCCAGUGACCAUCAGUACAGCUCCAGUCACCACCAGUACAGCUCCAGUGACCACCACCACCUCCCGAGUGACCACCACCACUUCCCCAGUCACCACCACCACCUCCCAAACGACCACAACCACCAUCACCACGACCACUACCACGACGACGACCACCACCACCCCAACGACCACGACCACCACCACCACUGCUUGGUCUGCCAGAACGGAGGCACCUACGACUCCAUCAAGUGCGUCUGCCUCCCCGACUUCUACGGCCCCUUGUGCGAGUUCUUCAGCGACUCCAUCACCACCGAGCUCCCCAUCGAGGGGACGAUCGUGGCCAACGUGGAGCUGGUGGUGACCGUCACCAACUUCGACUACACGGAGGAGCUGCAGGACCCCCACUCGGAGGCCUAUGAGAGCUUUGAGAAGCAAUUCCGGCAGGAGAUGGCCAAGAUCUACAGCUCCGUGCCUGGCUACGAGGGCGUGAAGAUCCUCCGCAUUGUGCCGGCGGCCUCCAGCAGGCGGGGAGCCCGGGUGCGCAGGGCCGGGGGAGACUCCGCGUCCUCCCCCGUGGGCACCGGCCUCAACGUGGACCACGAGGUCAUCUUCAGAACCACUGCCAGCCCCAACCUGACCGAGGAGUUCCAGAACAAGACGCAGGAGCUGGUGCAGAAGCUUCGGGAAACUGCCGACAGCCAGAGCAACUGCGAGAAUGACUCCUCCAUCGUCUGCUUCAAGGUGCCACCCAGUCCCAUCAUCAAGAACAUGACGGAGUCCACUUCAUUUGACGCACUGUGCCAGCAGCGGGUGCCCGUCGGCUACCAGGACUACUACUAUGCGCUGAACACGAGCAGCACCAUCCGCUGCGUCACCAACUGCACGGCCAACACGCCCGGCACCAUGGACUGCCACCAUGGCGAGUGCCGCGUCACCCGCGCCGGGCCACAGUGCUUCUGCCGGGAUGAAUCGCUCUACUGGUACACGGGCACCCAGUGCUCCAGGCGUGUCAGCAAGGUGGCCACCGGGCUGGGGGUGGUGGUCACGGUGCUGCUCGUUGCCUGCAUCGCCCUUGCUGUGCUGCUGGUGAUACGGAGGAAGGGCAGGAAGAGCAACACUUUGUCCACCGCUGAGGAGAGCUGGUACGAGAACGAAGAUGGCACCUGGACGGCAUCUGAUGGCUUCGUCCUCAACAACAGCAACGCCUCCGACCCAGGUCUUCGCUGGCCCCUCCUCACCUCAUUGCCCACCAACACUACCAGGACCUUCUCAAUGACGCUGAUUCCAAGGACUAUGUUGCCUCCUCCUCAUAUCAUUGCCCACCAGCACUUCCAGGACCUUCUCAACGAUGCUGAUUCCAAGGACUAUGUUGCCUCCUCCUCACCUCGAUGCCCAUCAGAACCUCCAGGACCUUCUCAAUGA